AAAACCAAAGCAAUGCGCGGAGCUCCUUCGCUCCACCUCUUCUGGCAAGUGAACUUGCGGGUUGCCAAGCCCCAUUAAAACCAUCAACAGGCAGGCGCAGCGGUGGCGACGCGCUGGGAAAGCACCCGAGCCUCGCUUUUGCUCCCCUUCUUCUUGCAAGAGCGGCUGUCUGGGGUUGUUUUUUUUUUCUUGCAAAGGCGUCUGUUUGCAAAGGCGUUGCAGAGACCGCCGCGUGGGACCUGGAUUUUUUUUUUGUUUUAAUUAUUCGUUUUUUUUUUUCUUGCAAUGCUGCGAUCCUGGUGGCUCGUGGGGCUGUUCGUAGCCUACAUAUCUGGAAAGAAGCAAUGGGAUGUCCCCGUACCUCACAAGGAGCAGGCCAGCUCUGGAAAACUGUGGUGGGAGCCCCAAUGCCAGUACCAACUACGCCACCUUCAUGAUGGUGCCAGAAUUUCAGCUCUUUUGCCUCCCCGGUUGGAAGGUCACUGGAUUUCAACAGGGUGCGAGGUACGGCCUGGACCAGAAUUCAUCACCCGUUCCUAUGUCUUCUACGCCAACCGCCUCUUCAAAGCCUAUCAGUUCUACUAUCGAGACCCUUCCUGCCGGGACCCCACCUACUCCCUAGUCAUCAAAGGCAAAGUCCGCCUCCGCCAGGCCUCUUGGAUCACCCGUGGUGCCACAGAAGCCGAUUACCAUCUUCACAAAGUUGGCAUCGUCUUCCACAGCCAGCGGGCCAUGCAGGAAACAGUUGCCCGUAUCAACCAGACUUCAGGAGAACGGUGCAAUGGAUUCUUGUCACCUGGGCGGACUUGGGCGCCAGGUGCCCUCUACGAGCUUCUGAGCGCCAAAGCAGAGCGGGACUGCACAGCCGGCCUGGGCUUUGCUAUGCAUGAACUGAGCCUGGUACGGGUGGAGAAGUAUGAACAACCCUUGCUGCUCCAGCAAAACCAGGGCAGCAGGGAAGUGGAGGAGCUGUACCUGGGGGACAUCCACACAGAGUGGUCAGAGAGGCUCCACUAUCGGCCAACAGGAUACCAGCGUCCCCUGCAGAACGCCAUGCACCACAUUCAUCCUUGCGUUGCCUGUGGGAUUGUAUACAGAGCAGACGAACACCACCCACCCAUACUAUCAGUCAGGCCGGAGUUUCCCAUGCUGCUAAGUGGGCGCUGGGUGAGUUCUCGGUGUGAGGUGCGGCCGGCAGUGCUUUUUCUCACGAGGUACUUCACCUUCCACGGCAACAACCGCACCUGGGAAGGGUACUAUUAUCACUACUCUGACCCUCUCUGCAAACAACCGACUUUCACCGUGUAUGCCUCAGGCCACUACACUGAGGGAGGCCCGUCCCUCAUUGUGAGAGGAGGCACAGAGCUGGUUUUCAAGGUGACCCAGGCUCAGGUCACACCAAUGGAUCAGGUAACUGUAACAAUGCUGAACUCCUCUGACUUCGGAAGCUGUGGGGAGCCUGGCUCUUGGAGCGUCGGGAGAGAGUUGGACGUGACUCAUACGAAUGGAUGCGCAGCCUUGGGGAUUAGGCUCCCCCACACAGAGUACGAACUCUUCAGAAUCGAGCGGGAUGUGAAAGACCGCAGCUUGCUGUUCAUCGGCGAGAGGCCGACAGACGGAUCCAGCCCCAGCACCCCCAGCAAACGGCCCACCUCUUACCAGUCACCACUCACGCAGUGUGCUGGGCCCUCAGACACCUUUUUGAGACACAUUAAGCUAAACCAUCAGGGAAGAUUAGACGACUACCUUAACAAUGCAGCGCUGAAGUCACAGCCCGGGGCAUGGUUGCUGGCAUUUCUAGCCCCGUUGCUCGUCAGGUGGGACUAGAACUCUUCAAACAUUUUUGGUCAGGGGUUAUGCGGAACGUAGCCAGCCUUGAUCUUCCUCGUCAGCGGGAGCACAUCUGGAAUCCGUUUCAUUUUGUGCCUUACAGAUGUGUAGUUUUGUGUUCUUCUGUUAAUGAUGAGCCAUACCCAAAUGGGUAGGGAUUUCUCCCCUCACUGCCAUUCAUAUGUGUCUAGGUGUGGACAUACAACUCUGCACCCACAUUCAUGGUCCCUUAACCAUUUUUUAAAAAUAGGCGACUUGUUCUCAAUCAGGGGUCUUCAGUUUUAUUGAGUCUUUGGGUCCUUUGGCAUUCUGACACAGCCAGCCAUAAAAUAUCUGCUUCAGUUUUACUUCAGUCACACAGAAGAAGAAGAAGAGUUGGAUUUAUAUCCCCCCUUUCUCUCCUGUAAGGAGACUCAAA